AUGGCAGUUCGACCUCGCACCAUACCGCGAUAUGGCCGAAUCCUCUGCAAACGAAGUCCCGGCAUGUCGGAAGACAUGUUCGCCGAACAAAGACGCCGAACCCUGGGACAGAUUGCGGCAAGCUCGGUCAUCCUACCCACGUUGGACUUCCGGCCCACACUCACGUUGAUGUGUGUGGCUGACGAUUACGUCGAUCUGCAGGAUACCUGGGCCGACGAAGAUCCCAAGCCUUUGGACUUGGAAGAUGGAGGCCACUUCGUGCGCCUCAAUGCCUUGUCGACCGCCGGCCAUUGUAUCGAACCUCUGAUUGAUUAUCAAGUUCACAGCCUUUUCAAAGAAGCGGCCAACGACCCAAGAACAGGCCCCGGUUCAAGUCGUUGA